AACCAAAGCGCUGUCUCCCGACCGGCCAAUCAACACACAAUGACAUUCAUUCAACAAUAGUCGAGCGGUUCUCACACCUGAAUGAGACAGGUGUUUGUUGUUAUUACACGUCGCGAUUUUUUCACUAAUUACAGAUUGUAAAUUAACGUCGUGCUCAACACUUUUCCCAAACAACAUUGUGUGACAACAAAUAACUUUCGUGUUCAACUUUGUAUGUUAAGUGUGACAAAACCGUAAAACUUUCUCGAGUUAUCAAUUUCGCGCUGUUAAAUGUGAACGAAUUGUUGAAAAUGAGUUGAAUAAACUUUAUAGUGCAGUGACUGGAGCAGUAUUUUAGGAUAUUAAAUUAGGAAGAUUCUAAAAUGACUACAGAUAGAUUCCACAAAGCCGCCAAGGAUGGUCUCCUCGACGUGCUGCGGGAGGCGACGAGGAAGGAAUGCAACAAUAAAGAUGAGUCCGGGAUGACUCCGACACUCUGGGCAGCAUUUGAGGGACACAUUGAGGCGUUACGGCUGCUAUGCGGCAGGGGGGGAGAGCCAGACAAAGCAGAUUACUUCGGCAACACAGCCCUUCACUUAGCAGCAGCACGAGGGCACAAGGAAUGCGUGACCUUCCUCGUGAACUUUGGGGCCAACCCUUUCGCGAUGGACGUCGACGGCCACACCUCGCAGGAGUUAGCAGCCAUCAACAGCCGGGACGACAUCCUCCGGUAUUUGGAUCAAACUACAGCCAAAUUGGAAAAUAAUGACAAAAAAAAAGCCAAAGCCCUCAAGGAAAAAGCUAGGAAAGACUACGAGAAGUACCACAAACAGUAUCAGAAGCGGCAGAGUAAAGCCGAGCUGAUGGCUGAGAAGGAACUGAAGAAGUUGGCCAAGGAGUGGGAGCACGGGUACAACGACGACAUGGGCACGAUGCCUCACAGGCCAAGCAACGUUCUGCUGGCGUUGAAACAGAAGAUGACCAGGUCUACCAGUCAAGGUAAUCUCCUGGCCGAAGAGGCGCCCCGACCAACUUACAGUGCGCUGGUCGGCACUGUGAACUCUGGCGUGAGAGGUCGAGGGGCUGUGUAUAAGAAGGCUCUAGCCAGCAAGUUGAAGAAUGGCACCGUGGGAAGAGCUGGAGUUAACGACGACUUCAAGGUGGGCGAGAUAGAGUCGACUGGUCGUCGAUCAGUGACGUCAUUAAGCGGAGUGCGUCGUGACUCUGAAGUGAUGUACGUCGGCACGCUGGGCGCAGGGCCGCAGCAGCGCGGCAACGUCGCCGAUAUGUUUGAGCCCGAGCCGCGCCCACCCAAGCCGCCGCUCACGAGCAGCGCGGCAACGUCGCCGACAUGUUCGAGCCCGAGCCGCGCCCACCCAAGCCGCCGCUCACGAGGUCAGUGCCCGCUGUGUUGCCAGCUCGAGCCGGUGACGUCACUCGACGUGAUGACGUGGCACGCUGGGCGCCGGGCCGCAGCAGCGCGGCAACGUCGCCGACAUGUUCGAGCCCCAGCCGCGCCCGCCCAAGCUGCCGCUCACCAGCAGCACGGCAACGUCGCCGACAUGUUCGAACCCGAGCCGCGCCCGCCCAUCACCAGGUCAGUGCCCGCUGUGUUGCCAGCUCGAGCCGGUGACGUCACUCGAGAUGAUGACGUGGCACGCUGGGCGCCGGGCCGCAGCAGCGCGUCAACGUCGCCGACAUGUUUGAGCCCGAGCCGCGCCCGCCCAAGCCGCCGCUCACCAGGUCAGUGCCCGCUGUUGCCAGCUCGAGCCGGUGACGUCACUCGGAGUGAUGACGUGGCACGCUGGGCGCCGGGCCGCAGCAGCGUGGCAACGUCGCCGACAUGUUUGAGCCCGAGCCGCGCCCACCCAAGCCGCCGCUCACUAGGUCAGUGCCCGCUGUGUUGCCAGCUCGAGCCGGUGACGUCACUCGAGGUGAUGAUGUGGCAUGCUGGCCGCCGGGCCGCAGCAGCGCGGCAACGUCGCCGACAUGUUCGAGCCCGAGCCGCGCCCGCCCAAGCCGCCGCUCACGAGCAGCGCGGCAACGUCGCCGACAUGUUCGAGCCCGAGCCGCGCCCGCCUAAGCCGCCGCUCACCAGACGUGGCACGCUGGGCGCCGGGCCGCAGCAGCGCGGCAACGUCACCGACAUGUUUGAGCCCGAGCCGCGCCCGCCCAAGCCGCCGCUCACGAGGUCAGCAAGUCAGCCGGACUUCACAGCGCCAUCUGGCGAAGACAGCGGCAUCGGUCAGGAAGUGCUGCUACAGGAACCAGCCAGCAUCUUCGACAGGCCCGGCUUUGGCAGUGUGGCGUUUAGGCGUUCAAUAACGGCGACUCUAAGCGCUCUACCGGCGACGACGGUGGCGGGCGGCGAGGAUCUGUCCAUAGGGUCGGCGGGGUCGCUGGCGGCGCGCCACGCCUAUGCGCCUGCUGAGUGGAACUCCGCUCACUCAGAAAGUUCAACCAUAACAUCGGACGAAGAAGGCGAAACGGAAGAAUCUGCUUACGCAUCCUUAGAACGCUUCCUCACCGCUUGGGGCCUUUCCCAGUACGUUCAGAAGUUCAAAGACGAACAGAUCGACUUGGAUGCCCUUAUGCUGCUAACUGAGAGCGACAUGAAGACCCUAGGCCUCCCGUUAGGGCCAUACAGGAAGCUGGUCACAGCAGUUCAAGAGAGAAAGCAGGCGUUGUCCCACCCAGGCCCGAUCAUCGACACCCCCAUAUAAGGCAAUCUUUUACCAUUAUUUUUGUAGUUAGUGUACUUUUGUGUGAAGGCCAUGUGUUAAAAAACUAUGAUAUCACAACCUUAAAUUAUGACGGCAGACUCAGAGGUAAGGCAAUCCUUGCGUACCCAGGCACAUAAUAAGGCAUAAUUUUACCAUAUUUUUACUGCCGACCUAGUUUUUUUAAUAAAAGGACUUUUAGGGUUCAAGCAAAAGUUAUUAUAGACAUAGAUUUGUCCGACAAUGCCUAUUUAAAGACAACUUUUUACCAAUAUUUGUGUAGUUGUGUGUUGUUUGAAUAAUUUUGAAGGGUCAGUCGUAGUAUUUGUGUGUUGUAUAUUUAUUAUGUCCCUUGGCCUAUUAUAAUAGUAGGUACAGUAGACCACAAUUUCCUUUGAUAGGUACUGUCUACUAUAUUUUUAUGCAACACAAACUAAGUGAAAGGGAAUGUAGACAACAGUAUUAUGUAUACAAUACCUUUAACUAAAUUAAAUUAAAUGCUAUUUUCUACGUCUAAAAGUUUUCCAUAUUAUCAUCUGAUAUGCGAUAGUAACAGUGCCUUAAUAUCACAUCAAUUCUAGUGACCAUUUUAUAACCGUAUAGUUAUCAGACCAUUGCUCAUAAAAUGUGAUAAAUGUAUGAGAUACGACCAUUCCAUCCAUGUAAUACGUCCGAUAUCGCCAUAUUAAAUAUUUUUGUACAAAGUUUAUUAAUAAAUGUAAUUUUGUAUUAUUUUUCAA